AUGGAUUUAAAUGACCCAGGGUCAACUUUGCUUUUUGCUUUCCUAAGUAUUCUGUUUGUUGUGUGGUUUCUUAAAAACAAACAGCGGCAAAAAGGCAGACUUCCCCCAGGUCCUCCUGCUCUCCCAAUUCUUGGCAACUUGUUUCAUGUGAAUUUAAAAGCACCUCACAAAUCUCUCAUCAAGCUGAGUGAACAAUAUGGUCCAGUAUUCACUGUCUGGUUUGGUACCUACCCUGCAGUGGUGCUGUGUGGCUUUGAGACUAUAAAGGCAACGUUGAUUGAGCGAGGGCAUGACUUUGGCAGUCGGUAUUCCCUCCCAAUUUUCGAAAAGCUAUCAGGAGGCUAUGGAAUUAUUGACAGUAGUGGGGAGAGAUGGAUGCAGCUUCGGAGAUUCUCUUUCAGCACUUUGAGGAAUUUUGGAAUGGGACAAAAAGGCAUUGAAGAGCGGAUCCAGGAAGAAGCGCUGUUCCUGGUUACAGCUUUCAGAGAUAAAAAAGAGGACCCAUUUAAUCCAGAUUUUCUGCUGAAAUGUGCAGCGUCAAAUAUCAUCUGUUCCAUUGUCUUUGGAAAUCGUUUUGAAUAUGGAGAUAAGGAGUUUCUCUCGUUGCUGGAGAUGAUGGCAGAAAGCAGCCAAAUUUUUAACAGCCCCUGGUUGCAGCUGUACAAUAACUUCCCGAAGAUCAUGGAUUUUCUGCCUGGGCCUCACAAGAGGAUCUUCCAACUGGUAGCAAGUCUGAAAAAAUUUCUGAAUAAAAAUAUUCAAAGUCACAAAGAAAGUUUCCAGAAAGGUUUCUCCAGGGAUUAUAUUGACAGCUUUCUCAUCAAGAUGGAUGAGGAGAAACACAAGCUUGACUCAGAAUUCAAUGACAAGAACUUGUUGAUGUCAACAAUGGAUUUAUUUAUGGCUGGAACUGAAACAACCAGUACAACACUGCAAUGGACUCUGCAGAUCCUGGCAAAGUAUCCGCAGAUCCAGGAGAAAAUUCACCAUGAGAUUGAAGAGGUGAUUGGAUCUUGUCGAUGUCCUGCUAGUGAAGAUCGAGCAAAAAUGCCAUACACAGAUGCUGUCAUACAUGAGGUCCAACGAUACAUCGACCUGGUUCCCAUGAGUCUCCCACACAUGGCAUCAAACGAUAUAGAAUUCAGAGGAUAUCUGAUUCCCAAGGGCAUGCUUGUGAUUCCUGUACUCUCCUCUGUUCUGAAAGGCACCAAUCAAUGGGCGAAUCCAGAAUCAUUUAACCCAAACCAUUUCCUUGAAGAAAAUGGAUGUUUCAAAAACAGUGAAAGUUUCAUGCCAUUCUCUGCAGGGAAGAGAAAGUGUCUGGGAGAGUCCUUGGCUCGGAUGGAACUCUUCCUUUUUUUGACCACUCUACUCCAGAACUUUGUCUUCAAUCCUGUUAUUGACCGCAAGGAUAUCAACUUCUCAUCAGUUUCGAGUGGAAUCCUGAAUUUACCCCGUAUGUACAAGUUCUGUGCUAUUUCUCGUUAAAUCAACUGGGAUAUCAAUUGUGAAUCUUAGCAGGUGAUGUUAGAACUUCUUUUGCUCCUCUUAUCUAAGAAUUCUAGACCAAUCUUAAAUACACAUGUUCUGUGAUUUUUACAAAUUUAUUCAUUCUAAAUGCAGUCUAAACUUCAAUACCUUCCUUUUCCACAUUCCCUACACCGGUUUUGUUCAUAGAAAUUACUGACUAGCCACAGGUGUAACCUACAGCAACAGCUUUUUGGCUAUAUGUACUCAUUUUAUUAGGGAACACAGUACAGGCAAAUUUCACACAGUACAGGCAAAUGGUUUUCCAUGUCUAACGUUAACUCUGUUUCUCGGUCCAUACAUGCUACCAGACCAGCAGUUUCUGUUUUUAUUUCAGAUUUCCAGCAUCUGCAAUAUUUUGCUUUAGUAAUGGUGUCCAGUAUUCAUGUUUUAAAAUGCAAUGAGCCACUUCAUAAUUCCCAAUAAUUUACACGUGGAAAUAGGAGUUUAUAUUGGAAACGUUGUCAAGAACUAUGCCAACAUAACUGUUUAAAUCUAUUGAAAAGUCUAUCUUUUCUUUUACUGGCAUCAUAACAGCUGCCGAAAGCCAGUACAAUCUGUUGUAUUAAUGAAUGAUGAGCACAUGAAUAUAUUACAAACAUAAAUAAACCAUUGCUUUGAAAUUGUAUAAUAAUGUAGCGUGCUGUUUUAUAUUAUUUGUGUCUUCUUAAUGCUGCUGAAGAAUUGUUGGUAAAUAUUUGUUUUUAAGAGCCUGUAUAAUAAAGGUGUUUGAGGAAUCCA